AUGGCGCGCGAUGCGUCCACGGCGAGCGCGGUGACGAUGAUCGAAUUGCUUCGACGAGCGCGAGGCUUGAAAACGCUCCCGCGCGCCGGAUGGGCCAAGCGUCGCGUGCGAGAGGUCGAGUCGGUGGCCGAUCACACGUUCCGAGUGGCGCUGUGCGCGAUGCUGACGUCGUCGACGGAGGCGGCGCGAGCGAUGGGGGUAGAUUCGACGCGGGCGGUGAAGAUGGCGUUGGUGCACGACUUGGCGGAGUGCGUCGUGGGGGACAUCACGCCGUGCGAUGGCGUGAGCGACGACGAUAAACACGCGAUGGAGAAGCGGGCGAUGGAUGAUUUGGUGAAGGAUUUGGGUUCGGUCGGACUCGAGGUGUUGGAACUGUGGGAGGAGUACGAAGCCGGAACGAGCGCGACGGCGAAAUUGGUGAAAGAUUGCGACAAGUUGGAGAUGGUGUUACAGGCGCAGGAGUACGAGAGUGAGGGUAACGCGGGGGAGCGAGGGACUUUGGAGGAGUUCUUUGAGAGCACGCGGGGGAGGUACAGGACGACGAUCGGGACGGAGAUGAGCGAAGAGAUUGAAAAGGGUCGACCGGGUCGCGAGUGA